AUGCUAGGCCUCCGAUGGAGAUGUCAAAGUGAUACUUUGCAUUAUGGCCAGAACCAUGUUAUCUACGAUCACCUGAACCUUCGAACAAUUUACAGAAUUUUAGCAAGUCAGUACGACCCUAUUGGGUUUCUUGGCCCCUACAUUGCUCGAGCGAAGGUCAUUGUACAAGACUUGGGGAAAGUCAGUAGAGACUGGGACACCACGAUAGAGGAUGGAGCUAUAAGACGAAGAUGGAUUAAAUGGGAAGAAGAACUUGAAGACCUACCCUUAGUAUCUUUACCACGGUGUUACACACCAAGCAAUACCAGACUGCUAGAAUCUAGUCGACAACUGCACAUUUUCUGUGACGCAUCUGAGCGGAUCUAUGGCUCGGUAGCCUACCUGCGCACUGUUAAUGAAAACUCUACCUAUGUCAGUUUUGUAAUGGCCAGAUGUAGGGUGGCCCCGAAACAUCAACUAUCCAUGCCCAGAUUAGAGCUGUCCGCAGCUUUAACAGGAGCUCAACUUUCUGACCUUAUUAGGAAAGAGCUAACGAUUCCGAUCACUGCAACAUAUUACUGGAGUGACUCUACCACAGUUCUGCGGUGGCUGCAAUCAGAAUCUUGUAGGUUUAAAGUAUUUGUUGGAACAAGAGUAAGUGAAAUCCAACAGUUAACGCAUGAUUGCGAAUGGCGCUAUAUCAACACCACACUCAACCCUGCAGAUGACAUAACUGGAAUGUCACUCAAGGACCUAUCAAUUGAUGGAAGAUGGAGAGAUGGACCUGCCUUCCUUAAACAACCUUGCAGUGAAUGGCCUCAAGAAACAGCUCUAGAGAAGAAGGAGGAAGUGGCAGAGAUAAGAGGUGGUGUGUUCUGUGGAGUCACCCAGGUACAAAUUGAGCUUCAACCCGAAAGUUUCAGCCAGCUUGACGACCUUAUUAAGGCCACCAGAGAGAGCCUCGAUGGGGUGGCCCACUCGACUGAAAGCAUUGCGCAUAUCCUCUGGAAAAGGGUGCAAAUCGAGUGUUUCAGAGACGAAGUAACAACCCUUAAAGCUGGGAAACCCCUUCCUACAAGUAGCAGAUUAACAUAG